CAUCACAACUAUGCAAGACCCAAUUCCAAUUUUAUUCAACCUAAACCCCAAUACGCCUUCUACAAACCACCACAACACUCUCCACAUAUACCACAAAACUAUAGAGUCCCGAACAACAAAUACAAAGUACCCCUGCACAAAAUACACCCACCUACUACCAAUCACUAUCACAUACCUCACAGAUGCCGCAAAACCUCAUACCGAACAUACAACAGACCUACACAAUCACCAAAAUACUACAAUGUACCUGGUUCAAGCAACCGAUACUCACCCAAACCCCAAAGAUCACGCUAUGCUAAUAAUUACAAUGAAUAUUCAAACUACUCAAAAUCACAUACUAUCCCAAGUCACCAUAAGAGAUAA